CGUAAGUAGGUAGCUAUUGGUAGUUAGCCCAGAAGCAAGCCAUGUCCCGUAUCUUGUGUUCUUGCUAUAUUAACCUCUUUGUUCCUCUUCACUUAAGGAUAGCUUCCACGAUACUUGCAAGAUUCCAUCAAUGAUCUCCCUUCUGAAAAGCCCACUUCGAAAUAACUUACAUAUUUUUAUCCCUUAAACUCCCCAUAAUAUCAUCAUGUCGGACCCUAACGAUUACACCGUGGGCUGGAUCAGCGCCAGCUCUAUCGAAGCCACAGCUGCAGCAGCCUUUCUCGACGAUAUGCAUGAAAACCUUUCCUCCAAAGCUAGAGGAGAUCAUAACACUUACAUCCUCGGCCGUAUUGGACAGCACAACGUCGCCAUAGCUGUCCUUCCAGAUGGAGAACCCGGGAUAGCAGCCGCAGCAGAUGUUGCUAGCGAUAUGCUACUCACUUUCCGCAACGUCCGCAUCGGCGUUCUGGUUGGGAUUGGUGGCGGCGCACCAAGCAGCGUGAACGAUAUCAGACUAGGCGAUGUCGUGGUUAGUUCCAAUGAUAAUGAGCAUGGCGGCCACGGUGGCGUGUUUCAAUACGACUAUGGAAAGACAAUCCAAGAGCAGGAAUUCCGCUAUACUGGACACUUGAACAGACCCCCUCGAGCGCUAAGAACAGCCGUGACCGCCGUCAGAUCCAGACAUCAGCUUAGAGGCCCUCAGAUCAAGGAGAAAGUCCAGGCUAUCAUUUCCACCAACCGACAUCUUGAGAAAUCUUUCAGGUCGCCGGAUCCAAGAACUGACAGGUUAUACAAGUCAUCCGUCGUACACCCUCCUAAUACUAGGAGGCCGUGUUGGGAAGUCUGUGGGGAUGGCUUCGCAAAAGUGGUACAACGAGAAGAACGCUCAGGUUCCGCGGAAGGCCCGGCCGUCCACUACGGCUUGAUUGCCUCCGCAAACCAAGAGAUGAGAGACGCCCUCCUCAGAGACAAGUUCUUCGAAGAGAAGGGCGUGUUGUGUUUUGAAAGAGAGGCAGCGGGUCUGAUGAAUAGCUUUCCUUGCCUUGUCAUCCGCGGUAUAUGCGACUACGCAGAUACCCACCGAAAUAAAGACUGGCAGGCAUAUGCAGCACUUACGGCCGCAGCGUAUGCGAAGGAUCUAUUGUCUCAGGUAGUCCCCGACCAAGUUGAGGCUGAGAGACCGGCCAAACCUAGCGCUGGCCCUCCCCCGUCAGGAGAUAAUAACCAUAUCGGAAACAUAUCUCAACCCACUGAUACCCCUCAUCCGGGAGCCACUUCUCAACCUGGAGGCACUUCCCAUCACGGCGGUGCCUCGCACCCGGUGGAAACUACCAGCCUGGUGGCAAUUACCAACCUAGCGGCAAUUGCCAGCCCGGCAGCGUUCCCCAACCCGGUGGCGUUCACCACCCCAGCAGUCCACCUCCAGCCGGCUGCAUCCCACACCCAGGAUGUACCUGCCAGCCCCCUUCCGGGAUCCAUCCGAGCCCAAAGUAUAAAGAAAGAAUCGGACACUUCCUCAAGAAAGAAAUCGACGCCGCGAUUCUGCGAGACAAGACCGGCUUCGAAGUAGCGUUACGAACACUCGUAAACGGGAUCGAGCU